AUGGCCCUCCGCGUCCACCCCGCCUUGCCCCCGGGAACGCGCCCCUUGGCGAGUGUUACAGUAAAGAGCGAACGUAAUAGAAUACCCUUGCCCCGCGCGCGCCUACUCUCCUCCGCCCACUCGCUAGCCGCCGCUUCCCCCUUCCGCACCGACUGCUGCGCCACUCCGCCAAUCGCAGCGCGCGUCCCCUCCCGCAGGCGGAGUGUGUGGCGCGCAGCUGCUGCAGGGGAAGCGGGCGAGGCGGAUGCGGGGGUGGCGCCGCUGGUGACCGCUGCGGGCGAUGGCGCAGUGAGGGCGGUAUCUGCUACUCGCUCGGGACUCUUCCGCUCACCUGUGUCUGGAGGGGUAGAGAGUGCCACGAGCGCCCACGGGCUGCCAGCACCCGCUGUAGCAGUGAGGAAUCUGGUGGAGCAGGCGCAGUACGCGCAGCUCUGCUCCAUCAUGUCCCGCUCGCACCACCGCCGCAAGGGGUACCCUUUUGGGUCGCUGGUUGAUUUUACCACUGAUGCUGAUGGCCAUCCCGUCUUCCUGCUGUCCCCCCUGGGCAUGCACUCACGCAACCUGCAGUCGGACCCGCGCUGCACCGUGGUCGUGCAGAUCCCGGGGUGGAGUGGCCUUGCCAACGCGCGCGCCACCAUCUUUGGGGACCUAUACCCCCUGCCGCCCAGCCAGCAGGAGUGGGCGCGGGGCUUCUACGUGAAGCGGCACCAGCACGGGGCGGCGCAGCAGUGGGGCAACUUUCACUUUUACCGCAUGGAUACCAUCUGCGACAUUUACUUUGUGGGGGGCUUUGGCACGGUGGCGUGGAUUGACGUGGCUGAGUAUGUGGCUGCCACGCCCGAUACCGUCGCCACCAACCAUGUGGAGCACACGCUGCAGGAACUCAACGAUAGGCUGGGCGGGGAACUGAGGGCGGUGCUGGCCGGGUCGAGCCCCCAGCAGGCCAUCGAUGAUGCAUCGUUUAUCAGCAUUGAUAGCAAGGGGGUGGACAUCCGGGUGCGACACGGCACUCAGUUCCACGUGCAGCGCCUCUCCUUCACCACAUCAGACGCAGUGGACUCACUGCCAGCAGCAGAGGCAGCGCUGCGUCGCAUCCUCGCCUGCCCCUCCCUCGUCCUCCCCAACGGCACCCCCCUACUCUGA